UAGUGCGGAUUUUUCCUGAUUUCCUCAAGUUUCAGUGGGUUUUUCAGUGGUGAAAGUAUGUGGACAGAAUUUAGGCAGUCAUCCAACGAGGAGGUUACGAUAAAAGACAACCUGUGCUCCAAUGGACUCUUUCAAAUUGCGUCCUCUUGUGUGGUUCGCACAGAGCCCAAAGUUCAUGCUGCCGUGCAGAAUGGGAAUAUCGUGGUGGCUGUCGAUCAGAGCGUUGUUUUGAUUGAAAAUGAGGAGUGCAAGUUUCUCAACAUCCCGGAAACUCAGAUUGACUGCGUCUUCACGUCGGAAUCGGGAAAGCUAGUGGUUUGCUGCAUGUCCAACGGAAAUAUAAGUGGAUUUUCAAUUAAGGGAUAUCCAUUGUUCAAUCUGAAGAUCGAUGAGAAUGAUAUUGGGUCGGAGAAGACCUUUGUCGGGAUCGCCAGAAGUUUCCAGGACAUCUAUGUAAUGUGUACCAGCGGCAGGAUGUACAAGAUAAGCAAUGCGGAUGAGGAAAGAAGCAUGACAACGAUUGAGAGCAACGAUACUCUGGAGUUCAAUGAAACUAUUCCUUCAAAUGCUCAACUUUUCAAGCUUUCAACGCAGAAAUUCUACAAUCCGAUCAUCUGCUUCGCAGUGAUUCCGCAAAUGCAACCUCUAACGGCGGUAUUUUCCGAUUACGCACGCAUUUAUAUCUAUUCUGGUGGAGAAAUACAGCCAAUUUGGCAUCCGGACGAUGCCAAUGAGAUCCGGAAGCUUCUCCUCGUUGGAAAUUACUUGCUUGGUUUGGCUAAAAAUGGGAAUAUCGUGGAGAUCUGUCCCUUCACAGGAAUGCUGUACACCAUGAGCGUUCCUGGAGAUCCCAGUAUUGAGGACAUGACUCUCCUGGAGAACUCCGAGGAGAAGACAGAGCUGAUAAUUCUCACGAAGCCCAGUACAAUCGGCGUGAAGGCGCUGAAAGUGAUGGAUUUCCCUUCGAUGCAAAUCAUGUACGAAUUAGACGCGAAUAACCACAUCUGGCUAGUGGAUCAGCCGAAAUGCUCCACUGGAAUGUAUUAUCUUGUUGGGAAUAUUCAGCUAGAUCUUGAGCUAGACGACGAAAUCCCCCAAGAGAUCGAAAUGAAGAUCAUCACUGAGACGCUGCCACAGCAUCAGCUUGACAAGAUGCUCAGCCAUGGGCGAUUGGAUGACGCUGAGAAGUUUGCUUUGCAAUUCAAACUCAGUCUGUUGCCCAUCCACAAGAGUCGAAUCAGCAGACAAGUCACGAUUUUGUCUGAGUGCAGAAACACAGAAGUUCUUCGACAGUUGUUCGUGGAUUUCCUCCAGUUGCUGGACAAAAUUGACGACAAUGCGGUGUUCCUGGAUUAUUGGGAUAUUGAGAUUCCGAACAGACAAAUAACAGCGGAAUAUUUGAAGUAUUUGCAGAGAAAGAUCACCGGAGAAGAUGAUACUGAAGUGACAAUCAAAUUGAAGAUUGCUGAACAUCUGCGCAGACUGGAGACGCUGCAGCUAAUGGAUCCGUCUGAGUGGAUUCUAGAGUGGAGGAAUUUCAUCAACAGUCAGAAUCUCUUGCAGAUUUGCAAGGAUUUCCUCUCAACGAAUAUCUCCAGUGCUUGCUUGAUCUGGUCCAGACAUUCAGCUUAUCUGAUUCCUAAUUUGGAUAGUGGAAAUCUCAUGAAAAUACUCGACACUUUCCCGAGCUCAACUGAACCGCUUUCGGUGAUUCAGUGGUUGAAUCACUUCACACCGUCUCUUCUGCAAAUUCAUCCGGAAUUCAUGCCCAUCAUUGUGGAGUGGAGCAUUAAGAGGAUUAAGAUCUUUGAGAGCAAUCCCGCAUGGAGGAACAAUUCGCUUGAGAUCUGCAACAGCAUUCUGGACAUUUUCCUCAAUUUGCACUUUGUCAUAAUCGAUCGUCGGCGGCAACAUGACAGUAGCAUUAGAAGCCUGCAAGUUAUCAAGUUCGCUCUCGAAGAUCUUCAUGUGCUGAAGAGCAAUUACAACAUCACCAUCAACUUGACUCAGUAUCUGGGCAAUAAUCUGGAGGAGACGACAUUCAAAUUGCUUUUGGGCGUCCAAACAGAGAACAUUCAGAGCCUCAUCAAUGACUUCAUCUAUCCGAAAUUCAUGGAGAAGAGCUUGUCGCCAAUAGCAUCACUCGUGCAGUACGUGAACUACCUCGUAACUUACAACAAAUCCUUCUACUACUGGCAAGAAAGGGCUGUGACAGUGAUUGAGCUGAUCGCGGAUGAAGAUGAGAGGUUGCAGUGUGCGCAAAAUGUGCUGAAGAAUGCUCCUGUGCCGUGGUCAAUUGUUCUGCAGCCGCUCACGAAGUACAGCAUCCUGAAGCAUCCUCUGGCGCACGAGAUCAGCUUGAUCUACAAGCAGCAGAAGGUGACGAUGAUCAAACUGAAGUAUCACUGGCCACAGAAUGCGCCGGACAACUAUUUUAUGCUCGUCAGCAGGAUUCUAAAGGAGAAAACGCCAGAUUUGUGGAACGAUGUGAAGAGUCUGAUCGACACGGUGCCGCACAUAAGGAAGAUGGCUUAUCACUGCUGCGUGCACGAGUUCACGAAGCAGGGAAAUCACGAGAUGGUGCUGCAUAUUCUCAGUGAGUUACAAGAGGAUCACGAUGAGACUAAUGAUUAUUUGAUGGAGAUCUUCAUGAGGAUGCUCGAGGAUGGUGUUGAUGAGAGUGCGGAGAGGAAUUUCAUGAAAACGCUGAAUAUUCUAAACAACAAAUCCAAGAAUUCACAUAAUUCUCAAGUGCAGCAAAUUAAUCGACUGUACAAGUUGAAGAUGCACUUUGGCGGCAAGGCAUUCACCAGACUAGCUGUUGACAAUUUGGCUGAAGGAAAAGAGAUGCUCGCAAAGGGAUUAGUGAUGAUUGUAAACAAUUUGCGCAACUAUGGAAAGGAUCUCAUCAUGCGCAUGUGGAACGAUGUGAAAGUUCUCACGGAAGCUCUUGAAUUGGACUUCUUGGAGGGAAUUAUCAAUCUGUUGCAAAUGUGCUCACAUCUUCAGCUGUCCUGCGCCAUUGCGUACAACAUUCUUACGAUGAUGGAGAUUAACACGGAUAAUUGCGACAAAAUACUGCAAUUGUGCGCUCUUCUCAUUAUCCAGCAAUCACAGGCUUUUGAAAGUGAGGAAACAAGUCUUGAAGAUCCUCUCACAUUUGCCAUAAUCCACAGAUUUCUUGUGAGAGUUCUGCAAGUGACGAAACUCUACUACAUUGAGGCAAAGGAAAUGGUCGUUUGGAUGAGAAUUGUCAAUGAAUUCUAUACGGAUUCCACACUUGAUGAAUAUUACCGAGAAAGAUGUGAUGAAUUGAGUGAAGAGAUUGCUGAAGUAUUAAUCAGAGAUCACAAGACGACGAAGGAGAAGAAGAGUGAGAAGAAGAGGAUUUCCAUGUCGAUUUUCGAUCAAGUUUCCGCACCAUCUGUAGAUGUCACGAAGGAAGUAAAGGUGGAACUGCAGACAAUCAUCAAAUGCAUUUCUACGAUCAUGCAGAUUGUCGUUCAUCAUCCUGAAGGGACGAACUUUGGAUAUCGACUGAGGAAAAUCAUCAAAAGUGAGGAGGAAUUGUCGCUGGAGAAUGGAGAUUUUGCAACAGAAAGUUUGCAGGCUGAUUUGUCGGAAUACAUUCAGAAGCUCUUCAAGCUCAAGAUGUAUUCGGCACUUUACUCAAUUACACUGCUAGUGAUUGACUUGCAGAAGAAGUGCGGUAUUAUGCUGAUUCCAGAGGAGUCGGUGAAUAUUUUCCACAAGAAAUUGAUGAAAUCAUCACUUAUUGAGCGAGAUUUCAACUUGAUAGAAUGCUUGGCACAAUUGGUAUCAACUAAAUCACCUGAGAAAUUCCUGCGAUCGCUGAGCGUUGACAACAAGAACGAUGCUUACAAGGUGAAUUACUUCUCGCUAUUGGAAAAUUAUUUCAAUUUGUGUGGAGAUUUAAGUGGCGCGAUGGGAUACAGAGAGAGUCGCAUUAAAUUCCAAUUCAUGAUGGAGAUACGCAAGAAGAAGCCUGAUUUUGAGAUGACUUUCAGUGUGGAGAAGUGCACACUGGCGCAGUUGAUAACAGAGGUGUGCACAGUGCCGAUCGAUGUGACUCUGCUGCAGAAAUUGUUCAGGGACUUCUCCUGGAAGGGAGACUAUGACGAGCUGAUGGUAUCCCAGUUGCUGACUGUACUGAAUAGGCAGGAGCUGAAGUUCAGCAUAACAACAGAUGACUUUGGGAAGGAAGUGGUGAAUGUGCAGAACUCUGUGGAAGACAUUCUGAAGCAGUGUCGACCGUACAUGACGGAGAUUAGCAAACUGAAACUGUUGAUCACCAGGUUGAAGGCAUUCAUGCAGUCCAUGAAUUUCUACUUCUAUGAAUUGUAUCUCAGCAUCAUUGCGAUUCUGGAUGAGAUCAAUGCAAUGACGCCAGAGAUGAGUGUGUGGAAAGAUAUUCUGGAGUUUUUAAAGCACAAAAUGACGGUGAAGCGACGCAAUCGGUCGAUGCAGAAGGAAACUGAUGAGUGGCUGAAUGGUCAGUGUGAAGGUGGAGUUUUGCCCAAGAUCGCCAAUUAUCGUUUUCCGUUUCAAGUGAUUAUCAAGAAUGGACUUCACGAGACGCUCGGUGAGGAGAUUUACGUGGAGAACUGCGAAGAAUGGUUCCCAUUGAUAAAAAUUCACACGGCGUACUUCAGCAAGGAUAUGAGCUUGAUGGAGAUUAUAGAGAAAUUCUGCAUGACGGCGAUUAAGAAUACGAUUUUCGAGUACAAAGCUCUGAUGGAGAAGAGUGAGAAUGAUGGCUGGCAAUUGAAGUCCAGCGAUAAUUCACCACUCAAGUCAAUCAUUAAAUUGACACGCUUCAUGUCAACGGAAUGGAAAAUUUUCACAGUUCUCUACUUUAUCACGAAUUACUCUGUCAGUGGAGUGGAUCAAGUGGAGGCGGUCCAGGAGUGCUACAGAUAUGCGGUGGAGAACGAGAGGGCGAUCAUGGUCAAUGAGAGAGUGUUGGAUCAGAUGGUGAAAAUAAAGAGGAGAUAUCCGAUGAUUAAGAUUCAGCAUUUACUACAUGUGCACAAGUUAAAUGAGGAGCACUUGCUGGCGCUGGUGGAGAAUCCCACUAAGCUCAUCCAUGCGCUGUACAUGCACGAGAGUUUGCUGAUGGCACAGCCACCGAACAUCACGUACGUUGUGGAGGAGAUUGCGGCGCUGAAUGAGUUGAAUUUGAGGAUGCUACAGGAGAGUCUGUUGACCAAGUGGCUGGCCAUUUCGGUGGACUGCAACGAGACAUGCCUGGAUGACACGCUUUUGCAGGAGAAUCUGCAGGAGAGCAUCCUGAAAGAGGAGAAGGGAGCGAAUGAGGACAGUGAUAUGGAGGAUUAUGUGAAGAGGGCUCAGUACAUCUUGUCCAGCUGGCCAAUUGAUGACACUGUGAAGUUCCUCAGCACAAUUGCUUACCAGAAUGAUCAGAAUGCCGAGAGUCAGCUGAAGAUCUUUGAGUGGUUCGUGCAACUGUUCGACAACGAGGAUACGGACAGUGUGAUUAUGCAGAAGAACUAUGUGCAGAUGAAGGUGAUCAGUGAUCUGAAGAAGGUGGGUUUGAAUUUGCCACCAACCAAGUAUCAUCAGUACGAGAAGAUUGCACUGCUGAAGAAGAUCUGGCAGAAAUGCCACAGCAAUCCUACGGCUAUUCACGCUAUGGCUCUAAUUUGUCUUGAGCAUAACAUCAAUGAACCUAAGAUUUGGGAUGCGGUUCUGCAGAAAAUGACUCACUUUGGUAUGAAGAAGGAACUGCUGUCGAUUGUGAACUUCUUAUCAGUGAAGCAGGAGUUGCUGGAUGUCGAUGGCUUGAGAGCUGCGUGGGAAUUACUGAUCAAGUCGCCCUUUGAGAAGAUCACAGGCGAUAAUGAGGAACUCUGUAGAGCUCUGUGUCUUCUGCAAACGUGUCCAGUGACUGCCAAGAUCAAUCUCGUCAAUCUGGCGCAUCUCUGUGAGCACAUAGAUCAGGUUCACAUGGCGGCAAUUUGUAUGGUGUAUGCCAACAAGGAGGAUAAAGAGAUAAUCAAGAGACUGGUGAUGAAGCACAAGUCGCAGAAGAUGCAAAAUGAACUCGAACAGUUGGAACUCCAUGGAAUCCUGCCGAUUCUUAUCAAGACUGCCAUCUCAGAGAUAUUCAGCAUUUUAGAUUAAUGCAAUUAAAUACAUUCUUACAACCUUUCGUGACUCUUUUCGUGCUUGUAUCGUGCAGAUGAGUGGCCAAAGGCUU